ACAAAAGUUGAACCAAUUAUCACUACACACCCGCUCGAUGCUAUGAUCAGCGACUACCGAUGUAGUAUAGAAUUGUUUUGCUUGGUAGGCAUUAUGAGUUUUGCAGUGAUCAGUGAAGUCCGCCCGACUGUAUUCUGUCAUGUGAUGAUGAUCGUUCGAAUGACUGUAUAUGACGUUCUCGCAGAUGCGGAGAAGCGGAGCAUUUAUGACCAACAUGGUUUUGAAGGCCUUAAACAAUUCGGCUCUGGUGGUGGAAGUCACGAAAGUCACUUCAGUGACUUGUUUGAGAGCUUCUUCGGAUUUUCACAUGGUCCCCGGUCCGACGAGACUCCUCGUGGUGAAGAUGUUGCUACAGACUUAUGGGUGACUUUAGAAGAGCUGUACAACGGCGAGUUUGUCGAAAUAACUCGGGUUAAAAUGGACAAGAAAAGUGCCCCGGGUAAACGAAAGUGUAAAUGCCGCCGAGAAAUGCGUACAACUAUGCUGGGACCUGGUCAGUUCCAGAUGCACCAGGUCGAUGUCUGUGAUGACUGUCCAAAUGUAGUGUUUCAACCAGUGGAGCGCACAUUGGAAGUUGAGGUAGAGAAGGGGAUGGUCGAUGGUCACGUUUAUCCCUUUCCUUCAGAGGGUGAAGCACACAUUGACGGAGAUCAUGGCGAUUUGAAUUUUAAAAUUCGACAGCAAAAACACAAAUUGUUCCAUCGACGAGGAGAUGAUCUUUACACAAAUGUAACCAUCAGUUUAUUGGAAUCACUAAUUGGCUACCAUAUUUCUCUGACUCAUUUGGAUGGACAUCAAGUCGUAUUAAAAAGUGACAAAGUAACGGCACCGUUCACGGUAAUUUCCUUACCAAAGGAAGGAAUGCCAAAUCACGCUAAUCCGGCGAAGUUCGGUUCGCUGUACGUGACGAUACAUGUGGAGUAUCCAGCAGGUCGUGUCCUGAACGCUGCGGAACGCGAAUCCCUUUUGCAACUCUUCCCCUCUGUGGAUUCAAAGUUGACUGACGAACCCUCACCUGCACGUGCUUUCAACGGGCUGGAUAGUCUAAACCAACGAUCCAAAUAA